ACUUGUAAACAUACAAACAAUACUCACCUUCUAAAACUCUAAUAAAACUUCGAAAGACUAUAUCUUGGAAUCCAAGAAAUUUCCAAAAAUGUUAAGCUUUUCAAGUCAAAAUGACUUAUGUGGCCGUCGGUGUGUGUGGGUCAACGGCCCUGUCAUAGUCGGGGCCGGACCCUCUGGGCUAGCUGUUUCAGCUUGCCUUAGGGAACAAGAAAUUCCAUUUGUUGUCAUUGAACGAUCCGACUGCAUUGCUUCCUUGUGGCAAAAACGCACCUAUGACCGCCUCAAACUUCACUUGCCGAAAAAAUUCUGCCAACUUCCUAAGCUACCUUUCCCCGAGGAGUACCCCGAAUACCCAACAAAGAGACAAUUCAUCACAUAUCUCGAGAACUAUGCACAAAAGUUUGACAUCAAGCCACAAUUCAAUGAAUGCGUUCAAUCUGCUAAGUACGAUGAAGCCUGCCAUCUCUGGCGGGUUGUGACCGUUUCCACAAACGGGUCAGGCCCGGCUGAAACAGAGUACAUUUGCCAAAUGCUUGUAGUAGCAAGCGGAGAAAAUGCCGACGGAGUAGUACCCGAGAUCAAUGGACUAAAAGAAUUCUCCGGUGAAGUCAUUCAUGCAAAAGAUUACAAGUCCGGUGAGAAAUACAAUGGAAAGAAAGUAUUAGUCGUCGGAUGUGGAAAUUCCGGCAUGGAAGUCUCUUUGGACCUCUCAAACCACAAUGCCAAACCAUAUAUGGUUGUUAGAAGCUCGGUUCAUGUUUUGCCUAGAGAAAUUAUGGGAAAAUCUACAUUUGAUCUAGCCAUGAUGCUAAUGAAAUGGCUACCACUAUGGCUAGUUGACAAGCUUCUAUUAGUCCUGGCAUGGUUCAUUCUUGGAAACACACAAACUUAUGGAAUCAAAAGACCAUCUUUAGGCCCAUUAACACUCAAAAACAAACAUGGAAAGACCCCGGUUCUAGACAUUGGUGCACUCGAAAGAAUUCGGUCAGGAGAGAUCAACGUAGUCCCCGGGGUCAAAAGAUUCAACUCGAGCUCAGUCGAACUAGUCAAUGGCGAAACACUCGAUGUCGAUUCAGUUGUUUUGGCAACUGGGUAUCGUAGCAAUGUCCCAUAUUGGCUUCAGGAAACUGAUUUCUUUGCUAAAAAUGGAUUCCCAAAGACCCCAUUUCCCAAUGGUUGGAAAGGAAAGUGUGGAUUGUAUGCAUCAGGUUUUACAAGAAGAGGACUAGCUGGUGCAUCUGCUGAUGCUAUUAAAAUUUCUGAAGAUAUUGCAAAAGUAUGGAAUGAAGAAUUAAAUCAGAAAAAAUUGAAAGUUCCUACACAUAGAAGAUGCAUCUCUACAUACUAGUUUUAAAACUCACUUUUUUGGGGGUGUAGGAAUAUUAGAUUAAUUUGUGGAGUGUAAAAAUACAUAUAUAUGUGUAAAAACAAGAAGGGAUGUAGAGAUAGCAUAGAUGAUGAGUAGCACUAAUCACCAUAAAGCCCAAAAUUUAAAGGAAAAAAUAUAGAAAAAAAUGUUUGGGCAUUUUGUAUACUUUAGGAUGAUUAGGCUAACUUUGUAAUCUAUUUUUUGGAUUGUUUUAUAAAUGGAAAUAUUGAUUAAUUAUAA